AGCAAGCCAACACAAGCAUGUAGUUAGGAUACGUAACUUGCCAUUGACUCCUUUGGAAAUUGCCAUAGACCUGUUAAUGGACAUCAUCUGCUGGACCUGGGAUCUGAUGAAUCCCACAAAAGUCAGCACCUGCUACAGAACAGAUGCCCCGAUCACCAAGGACUUGUUUUCUGGACAUGCCGCAGAAGGAUCCGUGCCAGAAACAAGCCUGUGAAAUACAGAAAUGUUUACAAGCCAACAACUACAUGGAAUCUAAGUGUCAGGCUGUCAUCGAAGAACUGCGUAAGUGUUGUGCUCGAUAUCCCAAGGGAAGAUCUCUCAUCUGCUCAGGAUUUGAGAAAGAAGAGGAAGAAAAGCAGACACUGAAGUGCACACCACAGUAAAGUUCUACCGAGAACCGAAACACUGCUCUACGUUUCCACCAUGCGGGUUUUAUUUAUCUGCCUGACUCUUUCUUCAGGCCAGGUAGCAGCAAAUAUCCAAUGAAAAAGUCAACUAUAAAAGUUAAUAUGCCAUCUAUGCAGAACAAAUAUAAAUAUAUUGAACAAACGUGUAGAAUGGGAUAAAAUUGAGCUGCUAAAAUAAAUC